GACUGAGUUUCUGGCUAAGGUCAAAGCCUUCAUUAGGACCCAACACUGGGAUGAGUCCCCCCGUUUCCCGGGGAAGAGGGGGGAUCAUCCUAGCUCCGUCUUCUCCUAAGAGCUUCUGGGGAAAGCAUAUUCCUCAUCAGGGAGACUUUUCUUUUUAAAUCCCCAUUUUCUCUUCAGGAAAUUAAUGUUUUCCUUUGGAUAUUUUGGCAGUGACUGUGAAUUAAAGCCAUGCUAACGUUCGUUUCCCCAUAAAUUGUUAGGAGCUCUGGGCCGCAGGAAGAUGGAGUGCUUCUCUUCCAGUGUGAUUAUGAUCAUGGCCAUUUCCACAGCGUUUGAACUGGGCUUAGUUGCUGGAUUGGGCCACCACGAACUUGCACGUCUGUCCCAGGGAGACUUGGCCUUCAGAGCUGACAGCAUUCGGUCCCAGGAGGAGCCUGCAGUUCGUCAUCGGCCUUUCCAGUUUGUGCCAUCCACAGGAAUCCAGGACAGUAAAGAGCUAAACAAAACCUGCUGUCUGAAUGGGGGAACCUGCAUGCUGGGGUCCUUUUGUGCCUGUCCCCCCUCCUUCUACGGCCGGAACUGUGAGCAUGACGUGCGCAAAGAAAACUGUGGGUCUGUGGCCCAUGGCGCCUGGCUGCCCAGGAAGUGUUCCAUGUGUAAAUGCUGGCACGGCAGGCUUCGCUGCUUUCCUCAGGCAUUUCUGCCAGGUUGUGAUGGCCACGUGUUGGAUGAGCACCUCACGGCUUCCGGGACUUCAGUAUUAACACUGUCUGCACGCACCACUCUUACGCUAGCUGGCAUCUGCCUUGCUAUACAAAGUUACUAUUAAUCAACAUUUGCAUGCAACAUUUGUCACUAAAUGUCAUGACCUAUAAAGGCUGUCUCUCCAUUGUCCUAACUGAGAGAUGAUCAUUUGUCUGUUGCCUUGAAAUAGUGAAUAGAUUUAAAGAGUCAGCCAUGUCUACAUUGUGCCCAAGUCUUAUGUAACUCUACCAAGGGCUUCUUAUUAAUAUUUUCCUUUAAACAAUUGAAUUCUAUCUCCAGAUUAUUAAAGGCUAAUCCUGAUGUGGAACAGGAUAAAGUUUUGAAUACAGUUGAUCAAAAUCAAUUAAGACAAUAUCUUUAAGAGAAAAGGAAAGGAAGCAUCUGUAAGGGACCAAAUGAGGGGAGGGGGCAUAUAAUAGAGGUGAGGGACAGGAUGCUGGAGUAAUGGAAGUGCCUGUGUACCAGGGAGACUAGGCAGAGAAGAGGAAGCGAAUGGAAGAGACAGACUGGAAAAAAGAAAAUGGAUUGGUUGACUGAUGAUUAGAUGGGCGCAGAGAAGCAAGUUAAAAGCUAAGCUGAAGGGCAAGUUUCUCUCGUCUAUAGAAAGCUACAUAAGACAAGGACACCUCUUUUUUCUCAAGACAGAAAGAGAAUGAAGUCUCCUUGGAAAAAAUGGCUAAAUUUCCCCAAAAAGAGUGCUUAAUAAAUUAUGUUUCCUCCAUACUACACAAUUUUAAUUGUAAAAGAGAAAAUGUUCGCAAUAUAUUUAGUUGUAAACCAGAUGAUAAAACUAUAUAUUGUAAAGCCCAUUUUUAAAAUACUUUGUAUAUAUGCGUAUGUCCAGUAAAAAUGGGAAAUAUGUGGACCAAAAUGUGAACUGUGGUUAUUU